AUGGUCUCAGCAUCGACGGCGGUGACGGUGACGUCGAAAUCUAAGGUGGCAGUGGCGCCUCGGACAACACUGAUACCGACCCUAGUGAGACGGCCGAAGCCGGUGGAGGUCUCGGUGACGGCGAAUUCACUGGUCUCGGACUGGCGGGUGACGGGGACGAGGCUUUUGACCACGUUGACGAUGCGGCGGGGGGCAGGGCCGGCGAGGGCAGCGGAGAAGAAGAGGGCGAGGCAAGCGAUAAACUUUGCGGAGACCAUUAUGGGAUAUAGUUUAGUGAGGCGGAGGGAUGCGAAGGGAAUUGGCUCAAGAUUUGUGUGUGGGAAAGUUGGAAGCGGGAAGCCAUUCGGGUGUGGUUUUAUAGGGAAGUGAGAGGAGGGGAGAAUUGGAUGGCUGCAUUGGCUGAGAAGGAAUGAUGGUGCCCGAGGAUGGACAGAGAGGACGUGGUGACAAGAUGACUCCAGUGACCAGGAUGGUACAGAAAUGCCAUAAGCUUUGAGGAUGGGGAAUGACGAUUAGAGAAAGUCCACGGUUGCAAUUUAGUUUUUGUUUAAAUCAUGUGCCAUGACCUGGGGAAUUGCCGAUUCCUUGGUGGCAAUGAAGAAGGAAAUGAGGAACUUAAGAUGGUGACGACGAAGUGAAAUCAGAAUUAGAGGGUAUGGAAGGAUGCGGCUGGCGGAGUGAAGGAAUAAGUGAAGGCAAAGUGUCGAUGCAUGCGGAGGAAUGGGAUGCAAAUUGGUGAAGAUAUUGAGGCAGGGUAGGUCUUCGAAACAAGAAAGGGGAGCCUUUGUGACAGGAAGUCAUAAGGCAUAAUCGUGAGCGAAAGGAGACGUGACUGUGGCGAGAUUAAAGCUGUUUGUUUGUGAA